AUGGUCGAGUUCAGGCAGAAUCUGGAGAGUGGCCCGACAGGGUCCGGCAGGCCUCGGCCGGGGCAUCCAAGGCCCCAGCCGAUCCUGAAACCCAGCCGGUGGACGUUCUCGUGCUGUACUCCCGCCAUGUCCCCACCGACGCCGGAGGAUGAGCCCCCCGUCGAGGCCACGACCCCGACGCCGUCGCCGCCCGCGUCGUCAACAACGGCCGCGGCGGUGGAUGAGACCCCACCGAACGCGGCUACUUCGCCGACGGACGCUGCGACGCGCGCGGCGUACCUCGCCGCCGCGGACUUCGACGAGGACGUCCCUCUCCCGGGCGAGAUCCUCACGCGGGAGGAGCUCGAGUUCUACUCCGACGUGCGCGAGGACGCGCCCGCGUCGCCGGGCGACAUGCUCGCCGGCCUCCCCUCGUGGCUCGACGACGACGACGACGAAGAAGAAGAAUGGGUGGGCACCGAGCCGGCGGCGACGUAUCGCGACGUCGGGGAGGAACCGGCGCGCGCGGACGACGCGGACGGUGAGUCACCGGACGCCGAGGGGGGUGCCGACCUAAACGACGACGACGACGUCGCCGACGUGAGCGUCGCGGAACUCCUCGACUCCGAGUCGGACCCGGCUUUCGCCUUUCGGCCCUCCGGCGUUUCGAUACCGACGUUUCGCGGCGUCCUCUACGGCAACUACGCGAGCUACGUGGGGGACGACGAGACGUUGGGGGAGUCGUCGUCGUUCGAGGUUGAGCGCGAGGUUGAGCGCGAGGUUGGGGAGGCGCGGGAUGCCGGUCGGAACGGCUCCUCGACGAGUGACGCCCUCGACGACGUCGACGACUCAUCGGAACGGGGCGCGGCGGCGGCGGUGGCCGAGCUCUGGUCGGACGUGCGCGACGCGCGAGCCGCAAGGGACGCGCGCGUGAGCGACAUGCGUGCGUUCCUGCGGCGCGUCCGCGCGGGGGACGACGGCGUGGACAGGCGAGUGAAGUUUCCGCCGAGCCCCGAGCCCGGAGCUACGUCGGAACCGGAGCCGCGAGCAGACGCGGUCGACGGGGCUACCACCCGGGAACAGUCGCCGCCGUCACCCGGUCCGGCGCGGGUCGCCGCGGUGAGCCCGAGGAUGCGCACGAUGCGCGCGCUGAAGGACCGCGACUGGUCGCCGAUGCUCCCGUCCACCCGCGUGGGGCUCCAGCGCCUAGUCGACGGCGACGCCGCCGUCGUCCGAGCUUUCGAAGGAGAAGAAUUAGAAAAAGGAGAAGAAGGAGAAGAAGGAGAAGAAGGAGAAGAAGGAGAACGAGGAGAGAAGGAUGCGGGGAAUCGCCCGCCGUUUUCGUCCGAUCGAUCCGCGGUCGUCGCGUCCGCCUCCGAGCUUCGCGUCGCUCUGGGCUUACCCGCGCGUGGAAAGCCGCGUAGGGAGCCGACGCCGCGAAGAAGCUCGGAAACGGUAAAAAAAACGGUUGGUCAGAAACCGCCGCACGCGUCGCGAUACGCGUUUGGGAGCUCCGUCGAGACCGGUCGGGGCGGCGCGCUGGCCGCGGUGGCGGAGGAGGCUGCCCUGCGCGACGACGCGGACGCGACCGCCGACUUUCUCAGGCGGGGUCAGCGCUGGCCCCGAUCGAGGCUCCCGGCGCCCGAGGCGCGUUCGGCGAUUCGAGCUGGCGCCGAUGAGAGACGCGAGGCGCGCCUUUUGGAGCGACGGCGGGCGUGGGGAGCGCGCGGGCGGCGGGAGGAGGGGCGCGUCAACGCCGAGGCGAGCCGAACGGCGGCGACGGAAGAGGAGGCGACGGCCCCCGUCCAGAGGGGAUUACGCGAGAGGAGAGCGGACGAGGCCAACCGGGAAAAACGAGGCCAACCGGCGCCCGCGGGCAAGCGCAUCGUGGUUGGGGACGAGUCGGACGAGGAUGAAAACAAAAACGCGCGGGAGUUCCUCGUCGUGGAAGAAGACGACGAGCCGUCGCCGCCGCUCGUGCUCUAUCCACGCACUACCAGCACGGGGGCUCAGUGCGACGCGCGACCAACCGGAGCUGACACCGCAGUGCAGGUUCGCAUGGACGCCGACGAGGACUCCGUCGAACCAAGGGUGGUGCUUCGCAUCAACGUCGUGGACGACCGACCCAUCGACGAGCCGCUCGACGUGACGAAAACGGCGGGCGGUGAGGUUAAAGCCGCGUUCGAGACGUUGGGGUACUACUCGGCGGCUGGGGUUGAAUCGGCGGAUGCGCAGAUCCAAACCAUGGGCAGGGAGGAACUCAGGGCGCACGGCAGGCUUCACGUCGACGUGGCCGACGCCGCCGGCGCCCUCAGGUCGGGUGAGUUCCCGGAUGAAAACGAAGACGCGCCGACGAACCCGCUGGUGACCAAGUUGCAGUUGCAGCUGAGGGCGGUUGGCGUCCUGGUCGGGGCGCAACGCGCAAAGCACGGGCGACGGCUCGCCGCGCUUCGCGAGCGAUACGUCGAGGUGUGCCUAGGCCUGAGGGAGCAGGACAGGCUCCUGGCGUUCUCCGAGGCUGCGGAGAAGAUCCGGAGGGAACGGGAGGCGGCGGCGCGACGAAGACGGCGCGGCGCGACGGAGCGAUGGCGCCCCCCGGGAGGCGGCGUCUUCCUCGACGCCCGCCAACCCGGCAGCCGCAACGUCCACGUCCAAUCCAGGGGAGCCGCGUGGACCGUCGACCCCGAAACCCGCGGCGACGGCCAAUCGCGAGACGACCCGUGGCAGGGUAGCAGGUUCAAGCGGGAGAUGCUCGCGUCGCUCGCGCGGAAACUGCUGAUGAAGUGCGCCCUGGGCGCGUUCGCCGCCGCCGCAGCCGAGAGGCGGGGCGUGGAGGCGUACGUUCGAAGGGUCUGGUCGCGGAAUCGCGCGCCGGCGGUUCGCGUCGCGUUUGAAACGUUACGAAACGUCGCGGCGAGGGUGCGACAGCUGUGCGACGUCGCCGACGACGCCGUUGAGCUGCGCUUGCGCAAGCGGUGCGCCGACGCGUGUGCGAUGUGGUCAAAGUCUGCGGCUGCUUCAAAGUCGGAGAGAAAAUCGGUCGAGUUGGCGCGGGCGCAUCGCGACCGGCGCGCGCUCAACGCGGCUGUCGCGCAGUGGCGCAGGCUCCCGCUGAUGACCGAAUUCGACACGCACAUGGGUUCGCUCGCGGGAAGCUUUCGCCAGCGAAAGUUGGGCGUCACGACGUUUCACGCGUGGAGACUCUUCGCCAGUCGCGAGGCGUAUAAGAAAUUGAAGCUCGAAGCGGCGAUGCCCGGCGAGCCAAAGGAGACUACCGCCGCCAAGGCUCGCCUCGACGCGGCGCGCAAGCCCAGCGAGGUCAAGGCACGCGCUAACGAGGUUGGUGAAGAGUUGAGACUCGAGUUUAUCGGCAGUCGCCGCCGCGUCGCGGGCGCGGAGGCUGCGGCGGCGCUCAAAAAAACCGACGGUUGGCUUCGAUUCCGAGCGACGGAGGCUGACUGCCGUUGGGUAUCUCUCGCUUCGCCGCACAUGCGCAGGUUUCGUCGUUUGGCGGUUGACGAGAUCAAGGACGAGGAGGAGGGGUACAAGGGCACCAGCGCGGCCAUUCAGAGAACCAGAGAGGCGCUCGAGCACCUGCGAAAGGUGCGAAGGAACGGCUCGGGCAUCCAAGUCGAGGACGAGUUUGAAGAGACGGAGUUACUCGAGGCGGCGAGGAAACGGGCGGCGGCGAUGCGAGUUUUCGACGCGCCGGGUGCCAGAAAACUGGGCGGGGCGGCCGAUUCCGACGCGCCCGACGUUCCUCCGUCGCCCGCCCUGGACCCCUCCGACGUGUCGCGCGUGAAACUCGCGGCGGCGACGGACGAAACCGCCGUCAAGGCUCGCGAGCUCGCGCGAGAAGCAGCCGCAGACGCCGACCGCCUCGCCAAAGAUUCCGAGGCGAAGGUAUCAGCCGCAAAGGCUGCGCAAAAACGCGCGGGCCAGGCGGCGGAUGCCGUCGCCGCCGCGCGGCUCGAUCGCGCGCGACGCGUGCCCCCGUCCUCCGUCGAUUCGUCCGAACCCUCGCGCGACGCGGACUCGGAGGCUGCGUUUGCGGCGGCGGCGGCGAAGGCGGAACACCUCGCCGACGCCGCAGCUUCCGCCGCCGCGGAUGCCACUCGCGAGGCUAUCGCCGCCGAGGCUAACGCCGCCGCCGCCAAGGCUGUCGCCACAUCGGCCGCGGGCAUGUCGCAGGUGGCCGACGCGGUCGCGCUGGAGGUUCACGACGCUCGCGCCAGGGCCGACGCGUCGAGCGUUCGAGCGAAAGAGGCUCUCGCGAGGGUGGCAAAGGCUAGGGCGGGCGCGGCUCGACAGCGAGAACUCGCGGAGGACGCUUCGAGAAACAUGUCCGCAGAUCCCGAUACCGUGUCGGAGAUUCGCGGACAGGCGGACUCGUCCACCGCGCAGGCGAUCGCUCUGGAGCGCGACGCGGCGCUCGCGCGCGCGGAGGCUGACGCGCACGAGAAGACCGCGACGUCGGCGAUUGAACGAAGAGACGCGCUCGCUUCGGCGGCGGAGGGAUUGGAAUCGGCGGCUCGGGCUUUUCGGGCGACCCGAAAACGGCGCGACGACGCGUACAAACGCGCACAAACAGCCGACGCGCUCUCCGCGGAAGCCGUCGCGACCGCACGCGCCGCGCAAGCGCUCGAGAACUUCUGGGCUAAACGGUUGGAGCGCGCCGAACGCGACGUCGAAAGUUCGAAACUUUCCGAGGAAGCCGCUGCACGAAACCACCGUGACGAGAGACUUUCCUUCACGCGGCGCGAGGCGAAGCGGCUACGCGCCGAGGCUGAAGCCGCCGAGGAGGCCAAGCUCGCCGCCAUGGCCGCCGCGGAUGCCGCGGAGAAGACCGCGGGGGACACCGCUCGAGCCGCGGCGGACGAGGCGGCGGCGGCGAGGGAGUCGGCGUUGGCGGCGGAGGCUCUCGCCGCGGCGUCGGCGGCGGAGCUCGAGGCGGCGAGACAAAAAGUGGACACCCUGCGCCGGCGCGCCGAUGCCGCGGAACGAUCCGCGCGGGUCCACGUCGAGCUCGCCGCCGAGGCUGCCGCGUACGGCCGCGAGCUCAACUCCGAUCCGGCCUUCAGGGCGCGAAAGGCGGAGGCUUUCGCCGCCGCGGUGGUGGAGGCUGAGAAUUUCCUUCGCGACGCCGAGCUUAAAAAGCUUCGGGCGAUUGCCGAAGCGAAAGAGGUCAAGGCGGCUGCCGACGCCGCCGAACGAACCGCCGCGGGCGUCGCCACCGCGGAGAUCGAGCGUUCGCUCGAGUUUCGCGCCAUCGCGGACGAUGCGCAGAGGAAACACCUCGAGGUUUCGGCGUCCGCGGCUGACGCCGAAUCCGAGGUUGCGAGGUUGGAUUUGGCCGACGACCCGGUGGCGUUGCACCGCGACUUGGGCCAGCUCGCGAGGGAGGAACGCACGCGCGCAGAGUCCCAACUCGCCGCGGCGACCGUGGCCGCCGAACGGCGCGCCGAGGAGUGCGGGGAAUUCGAGGCCAAGUCGGUCAACGCGCGCGAGGAGCUUCGAUCCGUCGCCGCCGCCGCGGAGACGGCGCCGGCGGAGAUGACGGCGGUCGCCGCCGCCGUGCACGAGCUCCUCUCGGCGGUGGGGGCGGAUGCGAAACGCUCGCACGGACUCGCGGACGCCGAACGCGCCGACGCGUACCUGCUCGCAUCCGUCGCGAGGUGGCGCGAGGAGGCUGCGCGCCUCGCCACCGAGCGUUCGCGGGUCGAGGUCGCCGCCGGCGCCGCCAGGGAUCGGGAAGCGUUCGCCGCAUCCGCCGCGAGAAUCGCAAUCGCCGAGAAUAACACCGCAAAUCCGGAUGUGGAAAAGGCGACGGCCGAGGUGGCGACGCACGCCGACGCCGUGCGCAGGCUUGAGGCACGCCGCGAGUCGCUCGUGCGCGACGCGAGCGACGCCCUGCGGGUGGCGGCCGCCGCGGAGGCUCGCCUGGCCGCGACGGACCACGACAGAAAACUCGCCGUCGACGCGGCUUCGGCUGCGGCGAACGAACGGUCCGCGGCGUCGCGCGCGCUCGUCGCGAGGGUGGCAAGCGCCCUUCGCGCGGGCGCCGCGGUGGAGCGCGCGAGCGCGGCGGCGACCGAGCGCGAGGCUGAACGAUGCGCGAUGGCCGCGGCGGACGAUUCUCGACGCAAGUCCGUCGCGUUUACCAAAGCCGCCGAGGCGCGAACCGCGAAGGAAGCGAUCGCGAGGGAGGCGCGGGAACGCGCGGAAAAGGCGCGGCGCGAGCGCGAAGCUGCCGUCGCCGAGGCGCGCCGGCGCGUCGAGCGCGCCCGGGCGGCCGCGGCGGACGAGGCCAGGGCCGUCGCCGAGUACGAGGAGGAGGCUGCGAAGGAACGGGCAGAGUUGGAAGCGACGCGCGCGAGAGAGCUCGCGGCGAGGGCGAGGGCGGAGCGGGAGGCGUUCGCCGCUCGCGCGCAAAAGGAUGCCGCUUCGGCCGCUUUGGCCGAGCUUCGACGCGCGGAGGAGGCGGCAGCUCGUGAGGCUGACGCCGCGGCGGCUGACGCGAAAAGGCGCGGCGAGCGCGAGCGGAGAGCCGCGGAGAGGCGCGAAAUGGUCGCGACCCGCGAGCACGAAAUCGCCGAGGAUGAAAAGGACAGAGCCGCCGCCAUACGAAUCGACGCCGCGGAGCGCGAAGCGGAGGAUCGCUUACUCGCCGCCAAGCGAACCGCGCAGGAGGCGGAGCGCAUGCGCGUCGCCGCUUUAGAGGCGGAGACGCGGGCGGCAAAGGAGGCGGAGGAGGCUGCCGCGGCUCUAGCCGCCGCCGAGGCGAGGAACGUGCGCUUCGUCGCCGUCGUCGAGGCGGAUGCGCGUGAAAAAUUGACGCGGGUGGAGCUACGCGAGAAGCGCGAGCUGGCCGCGAUUCGCGUCGCCGAGGCGGAGGCGCGCGCGAACGCCGCCGUCGCGCGGGCCAGGGAGAAGAGGGAGAGCGCAGAGAUGGCCGCGGAGCGAGCCGCGCGCGCCGAGUCGCAGAGGGAGGAGUUGGCCCUCGCCGCCGCCGAAGCGGCGAAAGCGGCAGAGGCGCUCUCAGCCGCCGAGGACACGCCGCGCCGCGGGGACGUCGUGGAGGCUGCGGCCGCCGCGGAGAUGGCGGAGGCGGAGGUGGAGGCGAUCGCGAGCCAGGUCUCUAUCGCGGAAUCGCCGACGACCGCGGCGGCGGCGGCGGAGGCUCUCGACCGCGCCAAGGCGAGAGCCGCCGUCGCCAGGUCCGACGCGAAGCGACUCGCCGAAGCGUUCGAGUCGGCCGUCUCGACGCCGCCCGCGCCGGAGCUGGAAUCCGCGCGUCAGCGCGCGUUGGACGCCGCGGGCGCCGCGGAGAGGGCCGCCGCCGCCGCCGUCAAGCUCGCAGACGAGCGCAGACGAGCCGCGGAGGAGGCGGCGUCGGCGGAGGAGGCGGCGUCGCGAGCGGACGCCGCCAGAGCCGACGCCGAGGCUGCGUCCGCGUCCGCGAUCGCCGAGGAGUUCGCGACGGUCAAGAAGCAGUGCGACCGCGUCCUCGAACACCUCAAGGCGCAACACGCGGCGGACGUCGAGGAGGCUGAGGCUGAGGCUUCGCGGUGGCAUCGGGCGGAGCUGGAAGAGACGGCGGCGGCGACGGCGGCGGAGGCUGACGCCGCCGCAGCCGCCGAGCUCGAAUCCUCCCUCGCGUCCGCGCGGAAAGACGCCGACGACCGCGAGAAGACCUCGCGCGAGCACGCGGUGUUCGCCAAGUUUGCGUCCGCGGCGAAGAGGGAGGAGGAGCGCGCCGCGACUGACGCGGAGAAAGCCGCGAAGGAAGCCGCGGCGGAGGCGCUCGCCGAGGCUAAAGCGACGCACGCCGAUCACGUCAAUCGCGCCGUCGCCGAGGCUUCCGAGGCUUUACGCGAGGCCAAGGCGGAGCUCGUCGCCCUGGGCGAGGCUGCGCGCACCCGCUCGAGGGAUGCGAUGGACGAACAGGGCGCGGAGGAACUUCGUAUGGCGCGGGACCGCGCCAGAGUUCGGUUGGAAGUCGCGAAGGUCGCCGCCGAGGCUAAACUGCAGCGAGCCAGGCAAACCGCGGAUGCGGAAUUUGAAGAGGCGCAAAGGCGCGCCAGGGAGGAGAUGGACGCGGCGAUCGCCGCCGCCCGCGCCGACGCCGCGGAAAAGGCCGAGAAGCGACGCGAGGCUGAGGAGGAACGACGAGCCGCGAGCGUCGCCGCCGCCGUGGCUCGCAAACGUUCGGCGAGGAUAGCCGCGUCGGCGGAGACGGAGUCGGAAGAGAUUCGACGCAAACGCGCCGAAACCGAAGCUCGAGCCGCCAAAGCCGCGCAGGUUCUCUUCGAGAAACGCGUCGUCGCCGAUUCCGCGGCGAUGCGGGCGAAAAAGGCGGAGGAUGCCGUCGCCAACGCGCAGAGCAGCGCGAUCAAAUCAACCGCCGCCGUGGCGUCCGCGAGGGCGACUCGAGACGCCGAGGACGAAGCCGCGUUGGAGCGCGAUAGGGCGCUCAGAGCCGCGAACGAGAUGCGCGAGUGGCGUGCCAAGGCGACCGCCGCGACGGAGACGGCGAAGCGCGAACGCGAACGAGCGGAGAGGGCGAUCGCGCGCGAGGCCAAGGCUCGCGAGCGAGCGGACCGCGCGGCGGCCAAGGAGAAGAAAAAGGUCGCCGCCCUCGAGGCGCGAGCCGUCGCCGCGGAAAAAGCCGCCGCGGCGACGGAGGCGCAAAUCAAGCGCCGGGUCAAGGAACGCGUCGCCCGGGACGCCGAGGCUACCGCCCAGGCCGCCGCGAAAGCCGCGGCGGAAGAGGCUGAGCGACGCGCGAGGGAGGAAGCCGACGAGAAGGAGAGAGCCGCCGCCGCGGAAAAGGAAAAGGAGGAGAAGGACGCCGCCGCGCGAGAGGCGGACAAGACCGCCGCGCUCGCCGCCGCCGCCGCCGCCGCCGAGGCCACGUACGAAGCGCGCGAGCGCGCCGCCGUCGCCGCCGCCGAGGCCAAGGCUAAGCGCGAGGCUGCGGAAUCGGCUGAAAAGUACGUGGCUCUCGCGCUCGCCGAAGCAUCCGCCGCCGCCGAGCUCGCCCGCGGCCGCGCCGUGAGACUCGCGGAGACGGCCGCGGCCGCCGAGCGCGCGCGGCUCGAGGUGGAACGCGAGGAUGCCCUCGUUCGGGAGCGCGCGGCGACGGCGAGGGCGAACGCCGCGGCCGCGCGGGAGCUCGAGGCUGAGGCGACGGCGGCGGCGGAGCGAGCGACCUUGGAAGCCGCCGUCGAGGCGGCGAAGGAGGAGGCGGCGGCGAUUCUCGCGAGGGAACGCGCCGCCGAGGCUGAGAAACGCGCGCUGUGGGAGGAAGCCGAGGCUGCGCGCGCGCAGUCCGUGUACGAGGCUGAGAUGGACGCCGCGAGGGCGGCGGAGGAGCGCGCGCAGGCUGCCAUGGACGAGCUCAACGCCGCGGUGGCAAGAGCCGCCGAGGACGCGGACAACGAGCGACGUCUCGCCGAAACCGCCGCGUCUGAGAAGGCCGAGGCUGAGCGCAUCGCGCAGCAGGAGGAGCUGCGCAGGCUCCACGUCAUGACCGAGGCUGCGGAGCGUCUGCGCGAGCUCGAGGCGCGCGCCGCCGAGGCUGACGCCGCCGCGGAGGAGGAAGCCGGGAGGCUGGCGGCGGCGGAGGCGCGAGCCGAGAGGGCCGAGGAGGCGCUUCGCGUCGCCAACGAAAAGGUGGAGGAGGCGGCGCGAGCCGCGGCGAACGGCGCGAUCGUCGCGAGGGCCAUGGCGUCGUCGUCAGGGGGAAGCGCCGGAUGGAUCGCCGGAUGGACCGCGCUUCCCGCGCCGCCCGACGGCGUCGGCGACGUCCUCGAGGCUCCUUCAAUACCGGGGGCGAUGCCGAUGGGAUCGUUCCACCCCGGCCGCCGGUUCCCACCCCGUCAGCCCACCGCGUCGGCGCGUCGCGUCGCGGAGGCGCGCGUCGCGUUCUCCGGCCGGCGAAGGGCAGCCGUUACAGCCGUUACAGUCAAGGACGACGCGUCACCGGGUCAGAAGCGCAAGGCUCGCGCCGUCGAGGACAUCGACGACGACGACUUGGAACCCGCGACGUCGAUCGCGCCGUCGCCGCCGCGGCUCACCCCGGAAGAGGAAGCCGAGCUGAAGGAGAGGCGGGUGAGGGACGCUCGGGCGAGGGCGGCGCGGCGCGUUCGAGCGGUGCGCAGAGCCGCGGCGGCGUCCGGCGCGGCGGGAGACGCAGGGGGAACCGUCACAGCCGUUACAGGAACCGUCACAGGAACCGUUACGGGUUGGCGGCCGCGUUGGGAGACGCCGACGACGAAACACUCGAUCAAGUUUCGCGACACGAGCGCCGAAUCCGUCGUCGCCGUUCGAUCGGCCACCGCGGACAUGAACCGCGCCGCGGCUAGGUUUAAGAACCAAAACGGAGGAGCCGCGAAGGUCACGACCGCGUCGUCCCCGAGACUCGUCACCGCCGAACGCGGCGAACGGCGGUCGAGAGGGACGGGGGCGUUUGGAGUCACCCGAGGGCGGCAUGUCAAACCGAGGGCGGUCAUGGCGCACGUCCGCGUGCGAAACUGGGCGUCGCCGAGUGCGCCGAACACGACGACGGACCGUCGACGCGGCGAGGGCGAGGGCGAUCAAAGUUCGGGUAAGCGGCGCAGGGUGAACGCCGCCCGCGCGUCCACCUUGAACGUCGCGUCGCGGGUCUUUGAACGCGUGUUUGACCGCGUGUACCGAGAGAUGGGCGGCGGCGCGGAAACGGACGCGCACGACGGGGUUCGAUCCGGCGACCUCCCGCACGGCGAGAAAGGUAAAGACCGACUCGACGACGACGACGACGACGACGAGUCGAUGUUUUCGGUUAACCUCGACGCGACGCCCAUCGCCGGCGUGGAGUACUCCUCCCCAACCCUGACCCUAAACCCUAAACCAUCAUCGCUGGACGCCGCCGCCGCUCGCCUGCACCGGGCGCACCGGCUGGCGGCGGCGCUCGGCGCGUUGCGUUCGAACGUCGCGCGUUCAAAGCGAGCGGAUGAGGUUGAGCUCACAGUCGUCCCCGCGCUUCGUAUACGGCGUUUCAUGCGCGCGUUCGAGAAGGGGGUCGCGUCCGCCAAGGCGACGCGGAUGGCGGAGGAGGAGGCCCGGCUGAGCGCGGCUGAACGCCACGCGUUGGAGCGGGCCCGCUCGUUCGCGCGGCGCCAUCGCGGGGGUAGGACGCUGAAGGCGUGGGCGAUGGUCGCUAAAGCGUCUAAAAAGGCUGGCGAGCGUCUUAAACGGCUGGCGUUGAACGCGCUGGCCAAUCGCGCGCUUCGGAAACGUUUCGAGAAGCAACUGGUGACGUCCAUGCGGCAACGCCUGCGCCGCGAUCGGACCCCGUCCGCGCUCUUCCGACGGUGGUGCGCCCGCGCGCGACGCAGGGCGCUGCUCCGCCGCGUGCUGAAGUUUGCGAUCAAACGGCGACGAGCGUUCCAGUCGCGCCGGGGCUGGCACGCCACCCCGCUCACGGUUUAUGCGAAAAAAAUACUGCGUCGGUGGCGUCAGCGCGCGGGGACGCUCCGGAGGGAAAGAAUUGAGAGGCGUGCGACGUGGCGCGCGACAACCGCUCGUAAGUUGUCGCUGCUGCUGCGCGCGUUCGGCGCGUGGACGCGCGCGAGGGAAGACGCGGUCGAGAUUCGCCGUGAAGUUUCGAUUUUUUUCACCGCGUUUUUGGGAUGGCGUAGCGAGGCGAAGCGGCGUAUCGCGACGCGGCGAAGUUUGAGGGAGCGUCGCAUCGCGCGGCUGGCGGAACUCGCGGUGCGCGCGUGGCGGGGCUGGCGCGCCCGCGUCGUUCAAAUCCGCGCGGCUGGCGCGAUGCGAUUGAGAGCGACGAUUCGGUUCAUCGGUCCGACGUUUACGGCGUGGCGCAUCGUCGCGCUCGCCGGCGCCAGGCGCCGCGUCGUGGAAGCGAUGAGAAUCGACGCGGCACGCAGGCACGCGAUGUGGCGGGCGUGGCGGGCGUGGUGCCUGGGGCCGGCGCUCGCGGCGUUCACCGCCGGCGCACCCACACCCGCGCCGCCGGUUCACGACGACGUUAACACCGGGGCCGGUGACUCACCCAACACCGGGGCCGGUGACUCACCACCCGGUGACGCGUCGGUCGCGGUGGAGCGGCGACGAGACGCGCCGGCGGACGACUACUUCGCGGUGACUCGCCCGGCAUCGUCGCCCCUCGCGCCACCGCGAUCGCCCUCGAGGCACGCACGCGCGCCGGGGCCCGGGGGGACGACUUCUUCCCCUCGCGCUACUAAACCCUCCGUUCGUGAUUUGAUCGCUUCGUCGGCGGCGGCGCGCGCGGUGAAGACGCGCGCGGCGUUCGCGACGUGGCGGCGCGCGCGGAUGGAGCGUUUCGAAAGGAGAAGGAGCGUCCUCGCCGUCGUCGCCGCCGAAGAGCCCGGGGACGCCGCGAACGACGAGCGCCGCGACGAAGAGGCUACCCGCGUUACAGGCUACCCUCGUCGAAGCAGCAUCCCGUUCUUCGACAGGAGGCGCGCCGCGAAUAGCCUCGUCGUCGCGGAAGAAGAACCCGAGGAUGGGGAUGGGGAGGAAGGGGUCGAAGAUGGGGACGAAGAUGGGGAGGAAAGGGUGUCGGUCUCGCCGAGAAUCGAACCCGCGCCGUCGGAUUCCGCGUUGGACGACCCACCGCGGUCCCACGCCGCGGCGUUGGACGACUUACCGCGCGGUCCACCAACCUGGCGCGACGCGGAGCGCGAGCUUCGUGAAGCGUCGGACGCGCUCGUCGGCUCACACGCGCGGCCGUACCCGAGGGACGACCCGGGCGGUACCUCUCGGGACUGGUUCCUCGCCGAGGACAGGUCGAGGGCUGUUUUGUUAGCUGAACGGGCUCGCGCCGCUACAAUGGAGGCAAAUAGAAUCCCGGCGUACGCGGCGGCGGACCCCGAGGUUGUGACCGGGGCGGUGAGGGAGCUUCGUGCGUCGGGUCGAUGGAGGGAUCCGAGGACGCUGACGCACGGGUCCUCGCCGGGAGGGCGGGGGCGAGGGCGCGGCGGGAGGUCGUGGCGGUGA